AUGUAUGAGGCACGCAAGAUAGAGAAUGACAUAACCAUUCAGGAUCGUACCACAACGAGGUUCGGGGAAAAACGAAAGUGGGAGGGUCAAUCGGGGUCCUCUAAGAAGCAAAAUUUUCAAAAGAAGGGUAAAAAAUCAACAUAUUGUAAAAAGUAUCAAUCUUCUCAUGGGGUUCCAUGUAGCAGCAGCACUAUGCGUUGCAAAUGUUGUGGUAAGACCGGUCAUUGGUUUGAAGAGUGUAAGAGUGCUGAGCCGAUAUGCUAUAAUUGUAGACAGAUUGGGCAUAUCAGCACUCAGUGCCCCAAUCCGAGGGUUCAGAUAGGUUCUGGUGUCAAGAAAGAUGACGCACCAAAGGUAAAAGCUCGCGCCUUCAACAUGACCGCUGCUGAGGCUCGCCAGCAUGAUGAGGUUAUUUUCGGAACCUUCUUGGUUAAUUAUGUUCCUGCUACUAUUUUAUUUGAUGGUGGCACCAGUAGAUCGUUUGUGUCAUUACCAUUUUGUGUUCAUUUUGAUAUACCACGGAAUCCACUAGAGUCUGCAUUAGAGGUUAAGGUAGCUACGUGUCAGUUAGUCACUGUUCGAGAUAAGUAUGAUGUGUGUGUCAUUUCUAUUGGUCAACAUACUUUUACAUUGACACUGAUUCCUAUUGGGGUCAGUAGUUUUGAUGUUGUGAUCGGUAUGGAUUGGCUAUCGGCCAAUCGAGCCCAUAUUCUUUGUGCAGAAAAGCUCGUGCGUAUACCUCUCUCUUCCGACAAUUAUGUCAUCGCUUACGGUGAACACCACUCUAGGUCUACAUCUUUUAUAUUUGUUAUGAAAGCACACAAGUGCAUCACGAAGGGUUGUCCAGUGUUCUUAGCACAUGUUGAUUCCACUUCCAGGAAAUUAAGUCUGUCUGAGGUGGAUGUGGUUAGAGACUACAUUGACGUCUUUCCUGACGAAUUUCCGGGUUUACCACCACCACGACAGAUAUACUUUCACAUUGAUCUCAUCCCUAGUGUUGCGCCGAUUGCCAAAGCACCUUAUCAGUUGGCUCCUUCAGAAAUGAAGGAGAUGAUGUCUCAGCUACAAGAGCUUCUCGACAAGGGGUUCAUCUGA